AUGUCUGGGGGCUCAGAGAGUGAUGACUGUGUAACAGCUAAUGGGAGGGUUUACAUUCUUGAAGUAAGAAAUGAGGAAACACCAGCAGUUGGGAUGAAGUUCGACUUGCUUGACCUCGUUUACAAUUUCUAUAAUAGAUAUGCAUUCUUGGCUGGCUUUGGUAUUCGACUUCAUUCCAGCUUUUGGGGGGGAAAUAAGAAAGAGAUUUUGAGGAAAGAAUUUGUAUGUUGCAAACAAGGUGAAUACAGGAGAGAUGAAACUCGGGAGAGAAAAAGACAGCGGGGAAUAAGUAGAUGCAAUUGCAAAGCUAAGAUUGUGGUUGUGAAGACAAAUGGGAGCAAGAAGUAUACCAUCUCUCUUUUUGCAGAGGGACACAAUCAUAAGAUGACACCCUCAGAAAGAAUGCAUUUAUUGAGAUCACACCGUCAUAGUUCAGAUUCUACAAAAGUACUCACAAAACAGUUGGGUUCGGUUAAUAUUCUCAUUCAUCAGAAGGAAACGACUGAGUCGUUUAUUUGGAUGUUUGAGGAGUUUAAGAAAGCCAUGCCAAGUGGCGGACCUAAAACGAUCAUUACAGAUCAAGAUGCGGCAAUGACCAGAGCGAUUUCAAUACCCUUCCCGACUACAUUUCAUCGACUUUGCAUAUUGCACAUCACAUCAAAGUUCUCUGUUAAGUUACCACAUUCUGCUUAUAAGGAGUAUUGGCGUGAAUUUCAGAAAGCCGUAUGGGAUACUGACAAUAAGGAUAAGUUUGUUACAAAAUGGAAUAUUGUGGUUACAAAGGCUGGUUUGACUGACCAUCCAUGGCUAAGUUCAAUGUUUGAUUUAAGAGAAUCUUGGGUUCCAGCCUACGCACAACAAUUUUUUGCCGCUGGAAUGUCAAGCAGCCAAAGAGUGGAAGGUUCUCAUGGUUUUUUCAAGCAAUACAUAUCAAGGAGAAAUUCGUUGAUGGAUUUCAUAAUACGAUUUGAGAGGGCACUUUCUCAUCAACGUCAAAAAGAGACAUCACCGUCGAACAAUGACGAAUCAACUCCAAUAGAUCGUAGUGACCCAUUAUUCUAUGAAUUUGACACGAUGCACGGACCAACUGAAUGA